GAUGUGAACCAACAGAGAGGCUCCGGAGCAGCAGGACGCACAACAAGAAGAAGCUGGAGAGACACAGAGAGACAGAGAGAGAGAAAGGAGUAGUGAGGACAUGUCGGUGUCAUUCUGCGGAGUAAAGAGGAGUUCCUGUUCCUGGUCCAGCCUGUGAAGAGUACACCAGCCUGGUUGUCUUGAUGUGAUGCUGCGCGUCUCUCCAGAAGGUGGAUUCGGUUUCCAGUCGCCGGAAACACAAACUGACGGAGAGAGAGAGACUUCAUUACAGCUGAUCACCUGAACAGAUCCUCCUCUUUUCAUUUAAAAACAUCUUCAUGGAGCAGAAGAAUCUGGACAUCUCCCUGGACACCCUGUUGACAGAAUACUUUUUUUCUAUUUUGCGCAAUUAAACUAAAAAGAAGAAGGUGUGGAGUCUCUCUGGAUAAAAACACACAUUGUGAAGAAGAGGAAGACAUUUAUCGACAUGUGAGAAAUAAAAAAAAGGUGUGGAAAUGCGUCGCAAAUGCUUCUGUCUGCUUGAGGUGUGUGCCAUCAUGAGCCUCCUGCCCUCCGGCUCCGUAGCAGAUCUGACGUGUGAAGCUCUGCUCAUGCUAUCAGGAAAUGUCUCAUUACAGUCGCUGGCAUCCACCUGGAACCAAACGCUGAGCAAUGCCACGGGUCAGUGGAGCGGCUCGGGGCUCUCCUGCGACACCUCCAUCGAUGGCAUCGGCACCUGCUGGCCCAGGAGCAGCGCCGGCCAGAUGGUGUCGCGACCCUGUCCCGAGAUGUUCUACGGCGUCAGAUACAACACCACCAACAACGUUUAUAGGAAAUGUCUUGCAAACGGGACGUGGGCGCUGAAGGGGAACUACUCCAUGUGUAAGGCCAUACUUCACGAGGAGAAAAAAGGCAAGAUGCACUACCAAAUAGCCGUGAUCAUAAACUUCCUUGGUCACUGCAUCUCCAUGGUGGCGCUGCUCGUCGCCUUCUUCCUCUUCUUGUGUUUGAGGAGCAUCCGCUGCCUGAGAAACAUCAUCCACUGGAACCUCAUCACCGCCUUCAUCCUGAGGAACGCCACCUGGUUCAUCGUCCAAAUGACCAUGAGUCCCGAGGUUCACGAAAGUAACGUGGCUUGGUGCCGCCUCGUCACCGCCUCCUUCAACUAUUUCCACUCCACCAACUUCUUCUGGAUGUUCGGCGAGGGCUGCUACCUCCACACCGCCAUCGUCCUCACCUACUCCACCGACAAGCUGCGCAAGUGGAUGUUCAUCUGCAUCGGCUGGUGUAUACCAUUCCCUAUAAUUGUGGCAUGGGCGAUUGGGAAGCUGUACUACGACAAUGAGAAGUGCUGGUUUGGGAAGCGCGCUGGUGUUUACACAGACUACAUCUACCAAGGUCCCAUGAUUCUUGUCUUAGUGAUCAAUUUCAUCUUCCUCUUCAACAUCGUGAGAAUCCUGAUGACCAAACUGCGAGCCUCCACCACCUCAGAGACGAUCCAGUACAGGAAAGCUGUGAAGGCUACACUGGUUCUUCUUCCUCUCCUGGGAAUCACCUACAUGCUGUUCUUCGUCAACCCGGGGGAGGACGAGAUCUCUCAAAUCGUCUUCAUAUAUUUCAACUCUUUUUUGGAGUCCUUCCAGGGCUUCUUCGUGUCCGUGUUUUACUGCUUCCUAAACAGCGAGGUACGGUCAGCUGUGAGGAAGCGGUUCCACCGUUGGCAGGAGCAGCACUCCAUCCGGGCCCGGAUGACCCAGGCCAUGUCCAUGCACACGUCACCUUCACGGGUCAGCUUCCACAGCAUCAAGCAGUCCACGUCGCUAUGAGAGCCGGCGUCGUCCCGGAUACCCACCGCCUCCCAUCCUCCCCGGCUGUCGUCGUGGUUUUCUGCCACAUCACCGGAGUACGCUGAGGCGAGGCUGCAGAGAGAGAGAGAGGCUGCAUCAGUCUCCCAAACCUCAGGAGGGACAUUACACGGAGCUGAAAAUGGACGAGGACGGAGAUAAAGGACACUGCAGCAGACUCUAUGGAACGAGAGGUUAGUGGAUCACGUGACCAAGCUGAGUGACUUUGAAUCUGGGUGUGAAUGUACAGCACUCCAUCUUCUUCACCGUCUGCCCGCCAUACAAACUCUCCAUCGUAUCCCUGCUCGCACACACUUUGUUUUUUCUUCUUACACCAGCGAGAGCUCGUGUCUCUGGACUGCACUGAACUGGAUUCCACCGCCAGCGGACACUGGACUCAAACGCAGCGACUAACUUAUUAUUACCAUUUUCAGUUGUUUUUGUUUAUUUUCAAUUGUCUUGGAUAUAGUGUUUGUUAAUUUGGUGUUGUGCUCUCUUCUUCUUCUUCCUCAUCUGUUCUCAGCCAGCUCGGUGCAGCCGUGCUACUUUCAUCCACUUUCCAGAAAGUUUUAAUACAUUCCAUAAUUUUCUACCUGAAGAGUUUUGUUCCAAAAUAAUUCCUCUACCAUUAAUAAACUAGGGCUGUCAAUCAA